GGCGUCUGCGUGCUCACGUAGAGUUGUGAAGACUGUUCACAUCUCUUCUAUUAUUCCCAACUUAGUGGACGAUCUUACAAGACGUUUACCUCAAAUAACAUUAAUCAAUGUUCCUGUUGGAUGCACUGGAGUGAUAAGUAAGGGUGAAGUUCAGUGGACCCACUGAGAACAGUAGGUAACCAUGACAACCGCAUUGAUGGCAUCUGUCCAGACACCAACAAACAGAGGUGGAGAAGCUACAAGAGGCUAAAAUAUUACUGACUGAUCCAAACACUGCACCACAACAUUUAUCCAAACUUUCCAAACUUGAAUGGAUGCAGCUGACCUGGGCUGGAAUAGAUAAAGCUAUUCCAUAUAUCUUAUCUCAGCAAAACACCUCACUGAAGGUAACAAGAUUUGGUGGUGUCUUUGGUCCUGCUAUGGCUCAGUAUGUUAUUGGUCAAAUUGCCUCUUGGGAGAGGGAUUUCAGAAAAUUAUGGAGUGAUCAACAGAAAUGCGACUGGAAUACUGAUCACUAUUCUUACCGUGUGAUGCCAAAACUGACCAUUGGUAUUCUUGGACUAGGAGACAUUGGAGAGUAUGUUGCAAAGAUGUGCAAAGCUCUUGGUAUGACUGUCUGGGGUGUUGGGCGUCGUGAAAAGUCGGAUAGACAAGAUACAGUUGACCACUAUACAACUAUAUCAAGACUUCCUGAAGUUCUACAGUCAUGUGACUAUGUAUGUAACUUAUUACCAAGUACACCUGCCACAAAGUAUCUUUUAUCUGGAAGAGUACUUGAGAGUGGUAAAGACAAGCGUCCCGUUUUCAUUAAUGUUGGCAGAGGAAAUGUAAUAGAUGAAAAAAGUCUAAUAUAUGCAUUAGAUCGAGGGUGGAUAUCAGGUGCUAUUUUAGAUGUGUGUGAAGUUGAACCACUACCAAAGGAAAGUCCUUUGUGGAAGAUGCCUCAAGUGAUAAUCACACCUCACAUUGCAGCAAUUUCAUUUCCAGAAGAGGUAAAUUGAACGUGAGCUUGAAAGAGUGAAGACCAG